UUAAAAAAAUUAAUUAAAUAUUAUAUAUUAGGUUAAAAUUUUGUUUUUUUGUAUUUGCAUAAAAAAUUUGGUAUUAGGGUUAGGACCUAGUUGAGUGUAAGAUAUAUGUUUAGUGGGUGAGUGUGUAAGGUUUAGUUUAGGGUAGUCAACAAUGCUUAGGGUAGUGUGACUAGGGGUUAUAACGUAAGGCUGAAGAUUUAUGUAAAUAUAUGUAGGUUUUUAAUUAUAUGAAUAGUUUAUUUGACCCAAAAAAAUACGUGUUCUUCAUGAUUUGCAGAUCAUGGUUAGAACACGAGGUUUAGGUCGUGCUUUAGCUAGGAUUAUAGGCAGAGGUAGACAGGAUGAGCAUGAUGCAGUCGAUGUUCCCCAGAGGCGUAGGCCUAUUGCAUCAGCCCGUAGGUGACGAGUACAUAUUACGGUUGAUGAGGGUGUUCCUCAGGUGACUGAGGAUGUUCCUUAUAUGGCGGAGGAUGUUCCUCAGGUGACUGAGGAUGUCCCUCAUAUGACUGACGAUGUUGUUCAGAGGAGUGAAGAUGUGCCUCAGAUGACUGCGGACAUAGAUGCGACUGUUGCAAAGGACUUAGGUGCUGAUGGUGCUGAGGGGUCACAUGCUGAUGAAGGAUUCCCUGGUGGGUCCCGUGACCCAUCAGUUCUGACUUCAUUUGCGGAGCAUGUCGCACAUGCCAUUUGGACUGGACAGGAGCGUCUUGAGUUGAAGUUGGUGUCGCACGUGAGGAAGGUGGAGUUAAUUGGGAGGUCAGUGCCUGCGAUUGAAGGGCUGGUUGUCGCCACAAGAUUAAGUCCAUUGAUUGAGUGUUUAGUUGUAACCGACGAUCCUAAACUUAUAUCCACAUUUGUGGAGAGGUGGCACAGGGAGAUCAACACCUUCCACCUUCCAGUAGGAGAGUUGACGAUCACACUAGAUGAUGUGUCGACACUCCUCCAUCUCCCUAUCGGUGGUGCCUUCCACAGCUUCGAGGCUCUUUCCGUGGACAAGGCGGUAUUUUUGUUGAUGGAGUUGCUCGAGGUGUCUGGUGAGGAGGCUAGAGCCGAGACAGUAUGAGCGCGUGGGGCAUAUGUACACCUCUCAUGGGUUCGGGAGAUCUAUGAGAUGAGAUGCCAGACACGACGAUAUAGCAGCUCGUGCUUAUCUCCUGCACCUGGUUGGUUGCACUCUUUUUUCUAACAAGAGUGCAACAAAUGUUCAUGUGGUGCAUCUAGAGGCUUUUCGCGACCUGGGUCAGAGUGGGGGCUAUGCCUGGGGAGCUGCGGCCCUGGUUCAUAUGUAUGACCAAUUAGAUGAAACUUCUAGGACCACAACACGACAGAUUGGGGGGUACCUUACUUUAUUACAGUGCUGGAUCUAUGAGAAUUUUCCGAGUGUGCAUCAGUGUGUCACCAAUGAUGCGUAUGAGGAGACGUCCCCUCGUGCCUCCCGGUGGCUGACGAUGAAGGCUCAUAGGAAGGGAAUUACAGGAGCAUCGUAUCGUGUACGUUGUGAUGCUUUGACGGUCACAGACGUGUGUUGGUUGCCUUACAGUGACCAUCGAGGGGUUAGGGGGUUUGAGCUGAUUUUAUCGUUCCAAGGUCAGCUGAGAUGGGGUCCUACGGUGGUCACAAUUCGACCGGAGAAAGUGCUACACCAAUUUGGGUACAUUCAGAGCAUCCCUCCACCGUCUGUUAGCGCUUCGUUCUCAUAUGAUGAUAUAGAUGACAGGUGGAUCCAUUUCUCGGACCACGUAGUAGUUGUGGGUGACCUUUGUGUAGUGUCUGGGCAGGUAUAUGCGGAUUACAUGGAAUGGUUUUUCUAGAUAUCUCACCUAUUCAUGAUACCGACCCAGACAAGUGACCAACCCAGACAUGCACCUGCCCCAGACCAUGAGGACUACAUGCAACCGGACAUCCCACAGGUUCCAGUGGCAUUUGACCCCCCUCGACAUGCAAUGAUGAUUACGAAGGCUAUGAGGCGAUCGCAGAAAGGUUGAAGCAUGUGCUCAACCUUAGGAUGGUCACUGCAGGAACAAAGUUACAUGAUAUCAUGCAAGAUUUCCUGAGAUCGCCAGGGGGGUGCCAACGCAGAUGGAAGUGUUAGGGCUCGACAAAGAUGGCGCACGGAGCAUUGGUGAUGUUUUUUAUGUUUUGUAGUUGACAUCAUUUUUUGUAUUUGUUACACUUUUUUGUUUAAUAUAGUUUUCUUUACUAUUUUUGCACUCUAUGUGACACAUCGAUUCCGAUUCCGAAAAUGAUGACUUUCCUUCAUAAG